AUGGAUAGCAUGAGUGAGGCAUUUGAUCAAAUGCAAAUGGUCAAGGAUGUUCUAGCCAACAGUGAUAAAGUUUCAGAGGUCCUACAAGAGUCUACUCAUCAGUUCAACCUGCUUACUUCACCCACCUUCCUACCAAAGGUCAAGGAUCAAGGGAAAUUCACUCUCCCUUGCACACUUGGGCAUCUUGAGAUUGACAAUGCCUUAGUGGAUUCUGGAGCAAGCAUCAAUCUGAUCUCUCUCUCCAUGGCAGAGAAGCUAGGCAUUGCUGGAGCCUUGCAGCGCCCUACUACUUCAAUCAUGUUUGGAGAUGCAACUUCUAAGUCUCCUCUUGGAGUGUUCAAGAACUAUCACUUGAAAAUUGGAGAAUGCAUCAUCCAAACUGAUCUCACUGUGAUGGAAAUGGAAGAAGAGAAGGAUUUGCCUCUGUUAUUGGGAACCCCUUUCCUUAGUACAGUUGGCGCUUCAAUAGACUUUCACAAGCAAGAAGUGAUCCUUCACAAGGUGAAUAGUUUGGUGUCAUAUCGCUUGCAGCCUAGAGGUUCAGACUUUUGUGCCACAAUUGACAGUACCAAUCUCAGUUCUAAGAGUCAUGGAGCUACAAAGGUUGUGAAGGAAAGGGUUGACAAAGAACCAAGAGUUGGGAAGGAUAAGGAUGAGAGAGGACCAAGGAUUGAGAAGCCACGUCUUGAGAGGGCUAGAGUUGAGAAACCACGAUCUGAUAGGCCACGAGCUGAUAGACUUGUUCAAGCCCCUUGUGUGCUUGAUGAAGAGAGCCUUCAAGCUUUGUUUGAUGAGCCACUAGGAAGGGCUCUAAAAGAAGGGGAGGAUGUAGCCUCUAAGGCAAGACCAGGGAUAAAAGAAAGGAUCCACCAGCUCAGGCCCCUUCAUCAAGCCAUCUCAGCUCACAAUGACUUUGUUCCCCACCAAGUUUGA